CGUCCGGGGGCCAGGCCGGCGGGCGGGGACCGGGCUUUAGGGAGCGGUCCUGGGCUUUGAGGAGACUGGCUUGUCUGUCCGGACGCGGUGGGACCAUUCCCCGCAGCAAAGAUGCUCCUGGGCGUUCCGAGAGGCCGCAAGAGCCAGUUUAAACACAUCAUCCAUGGCCUUCUACCUGCAGCCAGCAUUGCUCCGAAGCCAGCUGUGCCCCGCACACCUCCUCCCCGCAGCCCCAACCCCUCUCCAGAGAGACCGAGGUCUGCUCUGGCUGCGGUCAUUCUAGCGACAACAUUGACUGGCCGGACUAUUGCCCUUCCUCAGCCACAACGGAUAUCCCAGUCUGAGAGUGACAUGACCUACCUUGAAAAUGACAGUUUCAUCACGCCCUAUGCCACCACCUCAGAGCUGAGGCAUCAACCGAACUGGCAGAGUGAGACAGGGAGAACGUCUUUGCCAUCCUUUGAAAUGCUGGACUACAGGGAGGAAGAGGACACUCCCUCGCACCUGUCAUCUAGCGACAAGGAGUCCUCGGAAGUCAGUGCUCAUAAGGAAGAGGGAAGAGCUGGUGUUGCUGUGUACGCCGUGCCACACGGAAAUCAGCAGAAGGUUCCCUUGUCACAUGGGGUGGACAGUGAAGAUGAGGAAAAUAUUUCUGAGCAAGAUUCACCUCCUAUACCACAGCCUACACAAGAAAAAGAAUCAUAUGGUGCACAUUCUGUUCUGACUUUAAAGGAUGAAAAAAUACCAAUAUGUGGAAAACCUCCACCCUCCCCAGAUAUAACUAGUAAAACACUUCAACGAUGUAUAAAAAUAACCAAAGAAAUGUUUGAGGAAUUAAAAGAAGAAAAUUUGCUUCUGAACACAACAAACCAAACCCUUACUCUUGAACUUAACAUAGUAAAACAAGCAAUGAAAGAACUACAAUUAAAAUUUAAGAGAAUAGUAAAGGAGAAUGGAAAGCUGAAAGAGGCUGAGAAAGCAUCCUCUAAGGAAGUAGUUGAUGAACCUGAAUUACUUUACCUAAGAAAACAAGCUCAAGAACUGGUGGAUGAAAAUGAUGGUUUGAAAAUGACAGUCCAUCGUUUGAAUGUAGAACUAAGCAGAUAUCAAACAAAAUUCAGGCAUUUAUCGAAGGAAGAGAGUAUAAAUAUUGAAGGCCUACCAUCAAAGGGCCCUAUACCACCCUGGUUGGUGGACACAAAGUACCUAUCGCCCUUACUGCUGGCUUACGAAGACCGAAUGAAGGAAAAAGACGAGCUCAUUUCCACCCUUCAGGAAGAAAUGAGAAUGUUCAGGAUGCGCGCCCAAGAAGUGGUGAAAGAAAAUAAAGAAUUGCACCAACAGUUAACCAAGAGUGGUCCUGUUACCAGUGAGGAAUGGCAUCAGCUUCAGAGUCAGGCGGAACUGGUUUUAGAGGAAAACAGGUUGUUGAUAGAGCAGUUGGAGAUUCAGCAAAAAAAAGUCAAGGACACCCACCAGGAGCGUCUCCAGGAAGUUUCUAAGCUGACUAAAAAACUAAUGCUUCUGGAGACUAAAACACAGAGCCAAGAAAAGGAGCUAACUGAAAGCAAAGAGCAACUGGAGGAUUUACGUACCGAAUGCCAAGAACUGAAAAGACAGUUGGAGAGCAAAAUAGCAAUGAAAAUUCAUACUACGAUUGUAAAUGAUUUACAAAACCGGUUGCAGAAGGAAGAAGAGAAAGAAAGUGCUGAAAUGGAAGAGCUGAUGGAAAAGCUGGCGGUCCUGCAAAUGCAGAAGAAGAGUUUGCUGUUAGAGAAGAACAACUUGACAGCUAAAAACAAAGCGCUGGAAGCUGAGCUCGAAAGGGCGAAGAAAACAAAUAGGAGAUCUCAAAAAAAAGUUGAUGUCCUCAAAAAGCAGGUUGAAAAAGCCAUGGAGAAUGAAAUGUCUGCUCAUAAGUACCUAGCAAAUCUUGUUGGCCUGGCGGAGAAUAUAACUCAGGAACGUGACAAUCUUAUGUAUUUGGCCAAAUGUUUAGAAAAUGAGAAACAUGGAGUUCUCGACAAAAUUAUGAAAGGCAAUAUUCGCAUGGGAAGGUUAGAGGAAAAAGUCAAGGGGUACAAGAAGCUGGCUGCACUGAAGCUGGAGGACAUCAGUCACUGUCUGUCAGAGCAGCAGGAGGACUUUGCUAGCAAGACAGCGCAGUACCAGCAGGAGAUGCGGCACCUCCAGCGGAUGCUGCAGGACAAGCAGGACGUCCUGGAUGAGGCGCUGCAGCAGAAAAGAGCCGUGGAAGGCGAGCUGGAAGUUGUUUGGGAGUCUACCUCCAAGGAAAACCAGAGAAUCCGAGAACUUCUCCGAGCGACACUGGAGAGGACGGGCGUGAGGACCGGCACCGGAGCCGCCGAGGAGCCCCGCCCCGCCGGCCUCGCUCAGGGCGACGCGCUGGAGGACGGCAGCCUCAGCUACUGUGACAUGAAGCCUCCCUCCCCCCGCCAGGGCCUGCAGGAGCCCCUGGGCUAGGGCCCAGGACAGGGAAGGGCAAGCUCCCACCUAACACUGCAGUGUUUUCCUUCUCAGGACUAGGAAGAAAUAAACUGUUCCAGAAGCUUACUUCAUGCCUUACAUUUGCUUUGCUUUAAUAAUGUGCUGCUGCACUGCAUGCUAGCCCGGGCGUGUCUUCCACACCGCCACCGGAACGGCUCCUGAGCCCACUGCUCGGGGAACGGGCCUGCUGAGCUGCUCCCCGGCUCCUCGGGAAUGGCCGGUGGGGAGCACAGCGAUGGUCUCUGUGCAUCUCCGGGUGCCAUUUUAUUGUUCAGUGGAAAUCCAGGAGCUGGUACUCGUGCAAGGAAGUUGUGCAAAGCGUGUUGCACCCUUUCCCUAAGCCAGUGGAGGGCUUUCUCCCUCCUCCCGGGAAGGUACUUCUAGGGUCACAGAGUCCCCUCCCCCUUUGAGAGCCCUCCUUUAGGCACCAAGGUGGGGUCCCUGCCCACUGCCACCACCAAGACGGGCGCCUGCGGCUGUGGCUCUGCUCCGCUCGGUGCCACCUCCUCGGGCCCGGCCUCUCAGGACCACCCCUGGGACUUGCUGCUGGUUAUGCCAGCUCACGGGGCUGCCUGUCCCCGGCACUGAAAGAACCCAGGCAGUGUGCGGAGGGGGAUCCUGGAGCAUCUUACAGAAGCUCUCCUCGCUGGGCUGUGCUGUCUCAGAUGAGCAAAUAAGCUCUAGCAUUGCCCGUGGUCGUCUGUAAAAGUUACGUCCGAGCGCUUUGAUUGCUAGAUGGAAAACAGAUGGAAUAUCAUAGAUCUUUUUAUUUUAUUGUCCUUUUCCAGGGGUAGAAGACUCACCAGGAUUUAGAACUAUGUGCUAGCUCAGCAAAUAGCUUCGUUCUUUCAGGGGAACGUGCGCCAAUAAUCCGCAGUCGGUGAGAGGGCCUGUGUGGGAGGGUGGCUUGUCUGUGGGGUCACUCCAUUGUCCCCCCUGGAGAGCCGCUUUGGUCCUGGGUUUUCCCUGCGCCCAGGAGAACGUUGCAUUCCUGGAGAAGGGAACAUGUGUACAUUGUGUCUUGUUUAUCACACACACAAAUGGACUCGCAAGAGCAAGGCAGCUGAGGCAAGGAACGGGCAGGCUGUCGGGUGCUUAGGGGCGGGACGAACGCCCGGGCCUUGCAGGUUGGACCGGGUUCGGGAGAUGGAGCAGGACAGACGGAGGGGAGCAGAGGCAAGAACUCAGGAACAGAGGAGGGGCUCGGGGCCUGGAGGCUGGGGUGGCGAUGAGGCCAGACUGGUUCACGGACACCUGGGGCUGCUGGGAAGGGGCACCUGUUCCAGUGCCUCAUGCAGAUUUCCAGUCAGCAGGACGGGUUCCAUUCUGGCCUGGUCCUGGUGAGGUCUGUGUGGCUGUGGAAGGGUCCUGAUCAAGUUCAAAGUAACCCAAGGCAAACAGCUAUAAACACGAUCCCGGAUCUCACACGAGCCCGCUGCCUCUAGCGUAGCACACAGCAGUCCUGGGAGGUGCGGUCUGCGGAGGGCAGUGGGUCACAAGUGACCCCUUUGCCCCUUGACCUCUGAGAAGAACGGGAGACGCCAUCCUCUCCCCAGAGUGUCAUUCUCUUAGAGCAGUGGUUAUCUAAGGAGCCAGGAGAAAAGUCUGAAUUGUAUUGGUUUUGAUUUAUUUAUUCAGUGACUAUAUGUUUGGUGCUUAUCUCUGUCUGCACUGUUUGUUGAGAACAGGGUGACAGGUGUACCUGGGCACAGCCCAGCGUGCCCAGAAGAACUGCCAGCACAGGACUGGAGCCGUGAGGUCCCACAGCCAGCAGUUCCCGGGGAGCUGCUGCGUGUGAGCCCGUGGGUAUGGGAGCCUCACUUUUCCACGGUAAAUUUUGUGACAGCCAAGCAUUAAGUAUUUCUGAUGAAAAUAGCACCCAAAUUGAAAUGUACCAUAAGCAUCAAAUAUAUGCCAGAUUUUGAAGACUUACUGUGAAAAGAAGAAUGUCAAAUGUCUCAGUAAUUUUUAUGUUGCGAUAGCAUUUUGUAUCUAUCGGGUUACAUAAAGUAUUCAAA